AUGGUGACCACGGUGGACCAGUGGACAGUUAGGGCGAGCUGGUACGAUAAGAAGAGUCUUGAGAACCGGCUCGUGUCAGCAGGGGACCUGAGGCCGGACUGUCCGCCUCCAGUGAACCAGCGAUGGUGGUCCGGCCAUCAGGUCCACAUCACGGGUGGACUGAUUGUCUACAAACAUUCGCUGCUUGUUGCACAUCACCGGGAGACGUCGCCCUGCCGAGGAGAGUCCAAAGGCGGACCGAAGACGUGGGACGUCAUCGACUGCAGUAACGGGCGCCCGCAACACGUCGAGUCCAAGGUGUCCGCAGGAGCGGAGUGGAAAGGCAGUGCUGCAGACCUGGCCACAAGAGCAGCUGCGCUGCCAGAGGCAUUGUUCGGGAGGUGGCAGGCCGCCAGCGCAGCUGAGCUGGCAGAGGCAUUGUUCGGGAGGUGGCAGGCCGCCAGAGCAGCUGUGCCGGCAGAGGCAUUGUUCGGGAGGCGGCAGGCCGCCAGAGCAGCUGUGCUGGCAGAGGCAUUGUUCGGGAGGCGGCAGGCCGCCAGAGCAGCUGUGCUGGCAGAGGCAUUGUUCGGGAGGCGGCAGGCCGCCAGCGCAGCUGAGCUGGCAGAGGCAUUGUUCGGGAGGCGGCAGGCCGCCAGAGCAGCUGUGCUGGCAGAGGCAUUGUUCGGGAGGCGGCAGGCCGCCAGAGCAGCUGUGCUGGCAGAGGCAUUGUUCGGGAGGCGGCAGGCCGCCAGCGCAGCUGAGCUGGCAGAGGCAUUGUUCGGGAGGCGGCAGGCCGCCAGAGCAGCUGUGCUGGCAGAGGCAUUGUUCGGGAGGUGGCAGGCCGCCAGAGCAGCUGUGCUGGCAGAGGCAUUGUUCGGGAGGCGGCAGGCCGCCAGAGCAGCUGUGCUGGCAGAGGCAUUGUUCGGGAGGCGGCAGGCCGCCAGAGCAGCUGUGCUGGCAGAGGCAUUGUUCGGGAGGCGGCAGGCCGCCAGAGCAGCUGUGCUGGCAGAGGCAUUGUUCGGGAGGCGGCAGGCCGCCAGAGCAGCUGUGCUGGCAGAGGCAUUGUUCGGGAGGCGGCAGGCCGCCAGAGCAGCUGUGCUGGCAGAGGCAUUGUUCGGGAGGCGGCAGGCCGCCAGAGCAGCUGUGCUGGCAGAGGCAUUGUUCGGGAGGCGGCAGGCCGCCAGAGCAGCUGUGCUGGCAGAGGCAUUGUUCGGGAGGCGGCAGGCCGCCAGAGCAGCUGUGCUGGCAGAGGCAUUGUUCGGGAGGUGGCAGGCCGCCAGAGCAGCUGUGCUGGCAGAGGCAUUGUUCGGGAGGUGGCAGGCCGCCAGAGCAGCUGUGCUGGCAGAGGCAUUGUUCGGGAGGUGGCAGGCCGCCAGAGCAGCUGUGCUGGCAGAGGCAUUGUUCCAGGAGGCGGCAGGCCGCCAGAGCAGCUGUGCUGGCAGAGGCAUUGUUCCAGGAGGUGGCAGGCCGCCAGAGCAGCUGUGCUGGCAGAGGCAUUGUUCCAGGAGGUGGCAGGCCGCCAGAGCAGCUGUGCUGGCAGAGGCAUUGUUCGGGAGGUGGCAGGCCGCCAGAGCAGCUGUGCUGGCAGAGGCAUUGUUCGGGAGGCGGCAGGCCGCCAGAGCAGCUGUGCUGGCAGAGGCAUUGUUCGGGAGGCGGCAGGCCGCCAGAGCAGCUGUGCUGGCAGAGGCAUUGUUCGGGAGGCGGCAGGCCGCCAGAGCAGCUGUGCUGGCAGAGGCAUUGUUCGGGAGGCGGCAGGCCGCCAGAGCAGCUGUGCUGGCAGAGGCAUUGUUCGGGAGGAGGCAGGCCGCCAGAGCAGCUGUGCUGGCAGAGGCAUUGUUCGGGAGGUGGCAGGCCGCCAGAGCAGCUGUGCUGGCAGAGGCAUUGUUCGGGAGGUGGCAGGCCGCCAGAGCAGCUGUGCUGGCAGAGGCAUUGUUCGGGAGGUGGCAGGCCGCCAGAGCAGCUGUGCUGGCAGAGGCAUUGUUCGGGAGGUGGCAGGCCGCCAGAGCAGCUGUGCUGGCAGAGGCAUUGUUCGGGAGGUGGCAGGCCGCCAGAGCAGCUGUGCUGGCAGAGGCAUUGUUCGGGAGGUGGCAGGCCGCCAGAGCAGCUGUGCUGGCAGAGGCAUUGUUCGGGAGGUGGCAGGCCGCCAGAGCAGCUGUGCUGGCAGAGGCAUUGUUCGGGAGGUGGCAGGCCGCCAGAGCAGCUGUGCUGGCAGAGGCAUUGUUCGGGAGGUGGCAGGCCGCCAGAGCAGCUGUGCUGGCAGAGGCAUUGUUCGGGAGGUGGCAGGCCGCCAGAGCAGCUGUGCUGGCAGAGGCAUUGUUCGGGAGGUGGCAGGCCGCCAGAGCAGCUGUGCUGGCAGAGGCAUUGUUCGGGAGGUGGCAGGCCGCCAGAGCAGCUGUGCUGGCAGAGGCAUUGUUCGGGAGGUGGCAGGCCGCCAGAGCAGCUGUGCUGGCAGAGGCAUUGUUCGGGAGGUGGCAGGCCGCCAGAGCAGCUGUGCUGGCAGAGGCAUUGUUCGGGAGGUGGCAGGCCGCCAGAGCAGCUGUGCUGGCAGAGGCAUUGUUCGGGAGGUGGCAGGCCGCCAGAGCAGCUGUGCUGGCAGAGGCAUUGUUCGGGAGGCGGCAGGCCGCCAGAGCAGCUGUGCUGGCAGAGGCAUUGUUCGGGAGGCGGCAGGCCGCCAGAGCAGCUGUGCUGGCAGAGGCAUUGUUCGGGAGGCGGCAGGCCGCCAGAGCAGCUGUGCUGCCAGAGGCAUUGUUCGGGAGGCGGCAGGCCGCCAGAGCAGCUGUGCUGGCAGAGGCAUUGUUCCAGGAGAUGGCAGGCCGCCAGACAAGCCACAUGCAACAGGCGGUGUUCCGCUCGACUGGUCGCCGCCUGUGGGAGGGAGGCAGUCGAUAG